UUAAGAUUUGCUUAUUGGUCGUCGAUGCUGUCUUUCAGUCUUUCGAAUUUGUCAUUUUUAGAAAUAAGAAGAUGAGCAGUUGGAGAAUUAAUAGCAAAAUAGUGAAUUAAGAUAUUGCUUACUAUUAUGUUGACAAAAAACUUGUGCAUGUAAUAUAAAUAUCGCGGCAUACAGAAAGAUUUCCCUGACUACUAUUUUUUGGCGCAAUGGCAUCAAAACAAAACAUGGAAGAUGAAGAAAAUCUCGUUGGAAAUAAAGAGCCUGAUGAUACGAUGAAUGUUAAUGAUCCAAAAGACGGAGAGGUGUACGAAAGCGUUGAUGAUGAUAUGGAAUUAAAGUGGGAAGAUGAUGAUAUUGACGACGUAUCGAUCACAAAUGAAGACGCGCUUCUCGAAGAUGUAGCUAUGGACAAUGAUGAUAAAUUAUUACCUUCCGACUCUGUAAUACCGGUAGCUAGCCAAGAAAGUAUCGCGUAUGAGAUCAAUCCUAAUGAAUUUAUAAAUAAAGCGAAUUCAGAUGAAACGUUUGAACCGGCGAAAGCGCAUGGCUUAAAUAAACCCGAUAUGAUGCUGGAGAUACUAACUCAUAACCUUAGCGAUUUAAGUGAUGAUGAAGAUCUUACAAAUCUUAAAAUGUCGCCUGACGUCGAUUUGGAACGGUGCAGUCCUAACAAAGGUUCACCGAUUGAAAAUAAAGCUGACUUCAUGGAAACUGAUUUGAAUGAUGAUUUUGAUAGAAUUUCAUCACUGGUUCAUGAAAAUGUUGAUGAUGACUUAGAUAAAGGUGCGGAUAUUUCAAUGUGUGAAGACAGCAAGCCCGCAGAGACAUCACUAUCUAGGAAACUUAGUGUCAAUGAUGACUCCAUUGAUGAAGAUAUUCUACUUGCAGAUGAUGAUAAAGAUGAACAGGAUGAAGGUGGAAUGGAAGAACUAUUGGAUGAUAAGAUUGAUUUGGAUGCUGUUGAUAUAUUAGAGAUUAAUUCCGAAGAGAAGUUGGAAUUAGAAAGUGAGAAAAAUAAGUUAUUACAAAAUAUUCCUGAUUCAGAUGGUCUAAAACUUAAUAAUGAGGAAGACGUGUCAGGAAUUAAAGCAGAGUGUGGAGCUGAAUGUAAAGAAGUAGACGAGAUAAUAAACGUCCCGAGUCCAAAACCAGAGAUAUCAGAAGCACAUGUACCUAAAGUUAUAAAUGCAGAUCAAUCAAAUGAUUCACCAACUUCAGAAAAGGAAGUUCAGGUCUUAAAAACUGGUAUAAAAAGGAAAAAAUUAUCUUUGAGACUGAGAUUGGAUAAAACACAGAGCACAGGAUCUGAUGUGAUUAUGGAUGAACACACUUCAUUGAAAUCUGAUGGAUCAGAAGUUACAUUAAGGGACCCGGGAAAUGAUCAAAUUAAUUCAAAUAAUGCUCACUUGACCUCCGAAGAUGUAGCAAAUCAACCAGACAUUGCAAACAAAGAUUUAAUUACCGCAGCAGACUUGGAAUCCGAACAUACUAAGAGAAAGAAAGAUUCCGAGGACACUAGUUCACAACUACCAGAUAACAAUGUGUCAUUAAAACCUAAAAAAGACCUGAAAUCUAAGGAGAAGAAAUUAACCCCUGAUAUAGAACCGCAGCCAUCGACGAGUGGUUCGAAAAACAUUAAAAUUAAUAUUGAAUCAGCGUCAAAGAGUGACAGUCGACUAACUUCAAACAUCUCUAAACUAAGUUCACCGGCAGAAGACAUUCCUGGUACAACUGAUAAUCUUGAUCUCCUGGCUGAAUCGUCACGCGUGACACAUGACGAUGAAGCAGAAGAUGAAUAUAUGGAUGACGAGGAGGGAGAGGAUUUUGAGCAGUUUGAUGAAAGCAGCAAUCAGAUGGCAGCGGAGCAGUCCGAGGAUUCAGAGCAGCAUCACUCGGAUAACGCUCACGAGACAACGCACAAUAAUGAAAAGGAAUUCAGCUUUACCAUCACUGAUGUCGUCACUGAAAAUGUAGUUAAGGUGGAAAUUGAGAAUCAAGACAGUAUUAAGUCAGAGAAUUUGGAAUCAGUGCCGAUAGGAAAUGUGUGUCAGAACAUGGACGUGUCCAAGGUUGGAGGAGUCGAAACCGAUUUUGGAAAUGAGAAUAAAAAAUUGACAUCCGAAGAAGAAAAGAAUCUGGAUUAUCAAGACGAGACAAAAGAUUGCACCGAUGUGAAAAAAUCAGAGGCCUUGAGCUAUGUUGAGUUAGAGGAGAGCUCGGAAGAAGGUAAUCAUGAGUUAGAUGCUCUAGACGCAAAUAAAACUGAUGAAGUAGGCAAUACGAAUACAACACAAGAUAUCAACGAAGAUGAGCCAGCCAAGACAGAAGACACGGGACUGGAUGACAGUAACACACUAGUUGAGGAUACUACGAACCAAGGUACAAAAGCAUUGGAUAAAGAUGACAAGACGAAAUCCCAAGGUUUGGAAGUAUUCAAUCUAGACUCGGACGAGGAGGAUGUUGGUGAAAAGAAUAAAACGGACAUUUCCCAUCAAGAAACCCCUGAGAAUCCGAAGCCCCAAUCCCAGUGGGUGAAGUGCAUCAACAAGUCCUGUGCCAGCACAUCGUCAGACUAUUACAAGGCUGACGGCAUCACAGUCAACUUCUAUGACCCGGAGAGAAAGAAAAGAGGCUAUGUUUGCCAAACCUGUCUCAAUCUGGUGGAAGAGAGGAAUCAGUUGUUGAUCAGCGGCAUCAAGUCCCUGGUGCCGCUGCUGAAGCUGGAGCCCGGCCGGCCGGAAGAGGAUCUGGUCGAGAUAUCAGACUCGGAGUCCGAAGACGAGGCGGAACCGGAGGACGACGAUGACGUCAUAGGAGCGGAGGGGGCUAGGGUGAUAGAAGAGAAGUUGACUGAUGUCCUGAACGAGACGUGGGUGAAGUACAACUUGGAUGACCGGCUGCAGGAGGCACAGGACCAGCUCAAACAACAGCUGGAACAGCUGCAAAAGGACAGUUUGGAAAUCAACCAGCUCCUAGACGAGUGCCAGCUAUCCACAGACAAGCUGCGAUCAGAGCUCUACUCUAGCUUCGAGCGCGACAUUAAAGAACUUCCAUCGCUGCUAAUAUUCGACGUGCCUAAUUGCUCUUACACCUGCGUCGAUCCAUCCGGAGAGGGAAGCAGACUACUGAAGCGCAGGAAGUCAUCUGUAUCCGAGUCCCCGGCAAAGAAAUCUGCAUUGUCAACAGGCGAUCAAGACACAAACACCAAAGACAUGACAGACGAGAAAACGGAAGAGGAUAAUCCUGAUGUGUCUGUGGUACAUCUCUCCGUGGAAUCCGCGCCGCCCGACCUUCCUCCCGCGGGGGAGGUAACCUACCCCCCCUUAAGGGUGGGGAUGACGAUCUACGCGUCCAAAAACGCCCUGGGUUCCUGGAUGAAAGCCAAAAUUGUAGAGAUCACUCCGAAAUCAUCACUUCCGAACUGUUUUACGCUGUGUCGUGUCAAGUACGAAUACAAACAGUCUAAGCCAACCAAAAUACUACCAGCGAGGUGUAUCGCCUACAUCGACCCACCAGACGUUAGAAUGACUAUAGGUACCCGUGUGAUAGCUCUGUUCAAAGACAUAACCAUGAAGGAGUCCUUCUACCCGGGGAUUGUUGCUGAAAUACCGAACCCGGUCAACAAUUACCGCUACCUGAUAUUCUUCGACGAUGGCUACUCUCAAUACGCGCCACACUCUAAGGUCCGUCUGGUGUGUGAGUGCGCGUCUCACGUGUGGGAGGAAGUACAGCCCAAGUCGCGGGAAUUCGUCCGAAAAUAUCUCCUGGCUUACCCUGAGAGACCCAUGGUGAGGUUGCACCCUGGACAGAGCUUGAAGACGGAAUGGAAGGACAACUGGUGGUCAUCCGUGGUGGUGUCGGUGGACGCGUCGCUGGUGGAAGUCCAGUUCCUCCAGCUGGACAGACGAGAGUGGAUCUACCGAGGAUCCACGAGACUCGCCCCCCUGUACCUGGAACUGCAGGCCGCGGAGAGACACAGGCCCAGAGCCCUGCCACGGGCACAGACCACGAGGACGAACAUGCCCUACGUGGAGUACACCAGAUCUGAAGAACAGACGAACAAACAAGCCGAGACUUCGCCACAGCAACAACAGAGUGAGGAGUUCCGUCGUCAACGUGCCGUCGCCAAGAAGUCGACAACAGAGACUCGACCGCCGCCCCCCACCACCGCACAGAACCUCGACAACGUCACCAGUAGAGUGGUGUACUACACGCCGAAGAAACAGGUGAAGCCGUACAAGAUGGUGCCCCACACUUGCUCGCCGGCGUGCAAAAGAACUGAUGUUCUGGCACUUAAGGAUUUGAGAACUUAUAAUCCGUUAGCCAAGCCGCUACUGAGCGGCUGGGAGAGGCAGAUAGUUCUUUUCAAGGGCAACAAAGUUGUGUUGUACGUGUCUCCGUGUGGUCGCCGCAUCCGCUCUCCGCGGGAGCUACAUCGCUAUCUGCGAACUGUUGGUUCAGACCUGCCAGUCGACCUCUUCGACUUCACACCAUCCACGCACUGUCUGGCCGAGUUUGUGCUCAACAAAUGCUACGUUGGCAAAAAGGAUUUGUCCCAUGGCAAAGAGAACGUCCCAGUGCCUUGCGUCAAUUACUACGACGAAUCACUGCCAGAGUUCUGUUCCUACAACACUGAGCGGACUCCGACCGCUGGGGUUCCGCUCAACCUGGACCCGGAGUUCCUGUGUGGCUGUGACUGUGAGGACGACUGCGAGGACAAGAGCAAGUGCGCCUGCUGGCAGCUGACUCUGGAGGGCGCCAGGACGAUAGGUCUGGAGGGGGAGAACGUCGGUUACGUUUACAAAAGACUGCCAGAACCACUGCCCAGCGGUAUAUACGAGUGUAAUUCGAGGUGUAAAUGUAGAGACACGUGCCUUAACCGCGUCGCUCAACAUCCGCUGCAGCUAAAGUUACAAGUGUUCAAGACCCUCAACCGCGGGUGGGGGAUUCGCGCUCUCAACGACAUACCGAAGGGGGCCUUCCUUUGCGUCUACGCUGGAAAUUUGCUCACAGACGCUACAGCAAACCAGGACGGUCUGAACGAGGGUGACGAGUACCUGGCGGAGUUGGACUACAUCGAGGUCGUGGAACAGAUGAAGGAGGGCUACGAAGAGGACAUACCAGAGAACAUCAAGAAGAUGGAUGAGGCGGAAAUAGCGAAACAGCAGUUGAUGCCGGACGACGAGAUGGAAUCCUCGUCAUCAGAGGAAGGGAGCAGCACCAAGAACGGCGAGGAAGACGAUGACUUCAGCCCCGGAUACAUCGGCCUGGGCGUCACCGAGUUCAACAAAAGAUUACGGAAAAGGGAUUCGAAGGUAGCUAAAGAAAAGUCUAUGGCCAAAGACAAGGAUAAAACCGAAGCGAGGAAGGAGAACGAAGAGGAUUGCAUCACCAUCAGUGACGAUGAGGAAGUUCGAGAACCUUCAAACUUCACGGCCGCUGCUGGGAUGGGAGCAAACGAAUUUAAAUCAAAAUAUAGGUCUGUCCGUAGUCUGUUUGGUGAAGAUGAAGCCUGCUACAUCAUGGACGCCAAGGUGCAAGGGAAUAUAGGCAGAUAUCUCAAUCACUCGUGCGUGCCGAACGUGUUCGUCCAGAACGUGUUCGUGGACACGCACGACCCUCGCUUCCCGUGGGUGGCUUUCUUCGCUCUCAGAGCCGUGCGGGCCGGGGGCGAGCUCACCUGGAACUACAACUACGACGUGGGUUCCGUGCCCGGGAAGGUCCUCUACUGUUACUGCGGGGCUCCGACGUGUCGCGGCAGGUUACUGUGAGGCGGUCCCACAGACGAACACCACCCCUUUCAGGGACAACGGAGCCUUGGGCUUCGUUACUGUAUAUAUAAAUAAUAAAAUGUAUGGACUA